AUGGCAAUGAUAAGUCGCGGCAGUAAGAGACGUUAUGUUGAAGGGGGCGAACUUGAUAGACUUACCGCUCUUCCCGUUAGUGUCAAACACCAGAUUCAGGAGCGCUUGUCUAUGGAGGAAGCUGCACGAAUGAGUAUUUUGUCUAGACCGUGGAGACAUGUUUGGUCUUCAAUCCCAUUCAAAUUCAUUGUUGACAAAAGCUGUAAUGUCACUGUUCUUGCUAGUUUCUGUUUAUUGAGUAGGAGGCAGGCUAGAUUUGGAGACUUCCUCAGUUCUGAUCAAAUGUGUUGGACAACGUCUACCCCUUCAGAGAGGAAUGAUGCCAUGAAACAUGAGAGGAUUACUGAGAGUACCUCAUCGACCUUACUUCGGACUAUGUGGCUGAUCCGCAGGCAAUGA